AUUUGCCGCAAGCUUUUGCUUGUCAAGUUGUCCGUGGACCAUGGGCGCUGUCCAAGGAAGAAGAAGAAGACGAGGAUGAGACAAUUCUUAAGCGCUGCAACUGCAUCCAUGACGCUAAUUUGCAGCUCCCGGUUCGGUGGUUUGUGAUCGAGCAGAUUCUCAUUCUCCAGGAAUCCUUGUUCUUUUCUUGCUCUUCCCAUUUCUGAUCGCAGUUGCAAUCCGAGGCCUUGGGCGCUUGGCCAUGGAGUACGAACGCAUCCAUAAGCCGUUGGCUGCGCAGGGCGGCGGGUUCUCUCCGAAGAAGCUUCGGAAGGUGUUGCUCAGAGUGGAGAGGAGGAGAAAUGAAGAGGAGGAGAUGGAAUCGAAGGCUUCGUUGAGAUCGGAACCGUCGGAGGUCGAGAGCGGAAGGGCCAGCGAGGUGGAUAGUUGCAAGGACGUGGAGUGCUCCAUUCCGAACAGAUCGAGAGAUCUUCCGAUCGCCGCAGGGAGGAUUAGGGUACAAGAGGACGAUGCUCUCGAAUCAGACAGUGCGUCCGCCGGAUUCGAGUUCCAGAAGGCGGAGAGGACGCAGUCACUCCCGCCGAACCGGUCGACGGCCACGGCGGGGUUGGUGCCGCCGUUCUCGAAGCCAGCGCCGUCGAAGUGGGACGAUGCGCAGAAGUGGAUUGCGAGCCCGACAUCGAACCGAGGCGGAAACAAGGGCGGCGGCGGAGGGCAGGCGAGGAAAGGAGGCUUAGCGGGAUACAUAACUCGUCAGGCUUCUUCGAAGUUCGUUUUGGACGCGGUGGAGGAAGCCGAUACCAAGAGAGUGGACGUGAACGUGAACCAUGCUCAGAAAGAGACGGAUUCAGCAGCCAUGCCUGGAGUUGUUUUCGACAAUUCUGAUGCUAAUCCAAGUUGGCACGAUCUAUCGACUACUCAGAGUGCUACGGCAUUUAUGACACCAGCAGCCACUGUCAGGGCUGUGUCUAUGAGGGAUAUGGGUACAGAAAUGACUCCUGUGGCAAGCCAAGAGCCUUCUCGGACAGGAACACCCAUUAGAACAGCUUCACCGUCGACACUGCAAAAAACAGCUACAUGUUCAACUCAGACAUACCCAGCCGCUGGCAACGAGGAACAACAGAGCAUUAGAGAGGUGCCGGAGAAGGAGCAACGAAAAACCACCAGGAGGGAGAUACUCAUGCUAGGCCAGCAAUUGGGCAAGACGAACAUAGCUGCGUGGGCCGGCAAGGAAGAGGAAGCAACCGAUGCAUCUACUUCGACUAAGACGGUGUCAAAGGAGGAGGACCUGGCCAGAAGUGCCCCUGGAGCUCGUGCAGCGGCAUGGGAGGAAGCUGAAAAGGCCAAGUAUCUUGCUAGGUUUAAAAGUGAAGAGAUCAAAAUUGUAGCAUGGGAAAAUCAUCAAAAAGCAACCAUAGAAGCUGAAACAAGGAAAGUUGAGGUUGAGGUAGAGAGAUUGAGGGCAUCUGCCUAUGAGAGAUUGAUGAACCAGCUCGCGGCUGUAAGACACAAAGCCGAAGACAAGCGAGCGGCAGCAGAAGCCAAAAGAAAUCAAGAAGCUGCAAAAACUGCCCAACAAGCAGACUACAUUCGAAGAACCGGUCGCAUUCCUUCGAGAUUUUCUUGCUGGAGUUGGUGUUCCUACUGCAGAUUUCUUUGAAGGAAAAGAAGGCUCAUUCCACAGAAGAAGAGGAAGAAUUCUAAAUAGAUGUGUCGUUAAAUGUUCAUUGUUUUUGAAUAAUCAAUUAUUGUUUAUGUAAAGUUGAUGAUCAUGAAAAACCAUCAAAUAUUUGUUAUGUCAACAGAAAUGUAAAUUAGAUUGUUUUAUGUUCGUAUUAUAAUUUGACC